AUGGACAAGCUUAAGGAGCCCAGUGUCAGCGAACGCUCUGCGGAUUCCAGCCCAAUUAGCACACCAUCUUCAGCGUCCAUUGACCUCGAACAACAGAUUCCUCCGCCAAAAGAACAAUACCAUGUCUUCACACGAAGCCGCAAGGUGCAGAUAGUUUGCAUCGUCUCCAUGGCUGCAAUAUUCUCUCCCCUCUCCUCCAAUAUCUACUUCCCAGCACUCGCUGAAGUCUCCAGGGAAAUGAAUGUCUCUAUGACACUUGCCACUCUUACUGUCACAGUGUAUAUGAUUGUCCAAGGUAUCGCCCCUAGUUUCUGGGGUUCGUUUUCCGACACAAUUGGCCGGCGUGGUAUCUUCAUCGGAACUUUCAUUGUCUAUAUUAUUGCCAAUAUUGCCUUGGGUGUAUCCAAAAACUUUGGGGAGCUUAUGGCUUUCCGUGCAUUGCAAGCUGCUGGCAGCUCAGCGACUAUCUCAAUCGGUGCCGGAGUAAUUGGUGACAUCACUACGUCUGCCGAGAGAGGGAGUCUGAUUGGCAUCUUCGGAGGAGUGCGCAUGCUUGGUCAGGGCAUUGGCCCAGUUUUUGGUGGAAUCAUUACACAGUACUUGGGCUUUAGAUCUAUCUUUUGGUUUCUUGUUAUUGUAUCAGGCGUGAGCCUACUCUCUAUCCUCUUUUUCCUACCUGAAACCCUUCGUCCUAUUGCUGGCAAUGGGACUGUUCCUCUCCAUGGAUUCUAUAAGCCAUUCAUCUACUAUCUCUUUGUCCAAAAGGAUGCACAAGAAGGCGCACGUCCCAUCGGCCAAAAGAAGAAAGUGUCUUUCAAGACAGUCGUGUCUCCCCUUUGCUUCCUUGUUGAGAAAGAUGUGAUUGUCACGCUGUUUUACGGUGCUAUCGUCUAUACUGUGUGGUCGAUGAUCACCUCAUCGACCUCGGAUCUAUUCGAGUCUGUCUAUGGUCUGAACACCUUGGAGGUUGGUCUGACCUUUCUAGGAAAUGGAUUCGGAUGCAUGUCUGGAUCAUACACCACCGGCUAUCUGAUGGACUACAACCACAAGAAAACAGAGCGUGAAUACUGUCUGAAACACAACCUUCCCCUCGAUACCCACAUUAACAGCAAGACCUAUCCCGACUUCCCAAUUGAGCGUGCCCGCAUGCGCAACACCUGGUGGAUUUCCGCUCUCUUCAUCGUAUGCACAGCCGUGUACGGGUUCUCACUUGAAACCCACAUCGCCGUUCCAAUCAUCCUGCAAUACAUCACUGCCUACUGUGCUACUGCUAUCUUCACCGUCAAUAGUGCCUUAGUCAUUGAUCUAUACCCCGGAGCCAGUGCCAGUGCUACAGCUGUUAACAACCUGAUGCGCUGCUUGAUUGGAGCGGCAGGUGUUGCUGCCGUGCAACCCAUCAUCGAUGCAAUCACCGCUCGAUGGGCUUUCCUGUUGCUUGCGGGUAUCACUCUUGCUAUGGCUCCUCUUUUAGGACUUGAGACGAAGUAUGGUGCUGGUUGGCGACACGCGCGCAACGAGCGACUCCAGAAGAAGAAAGAGAUGAAAGAGGAGAAGAAGCAACAACAACAACAACAACAACAACAACAACAACAACAAGCCUUACAAAUCUCAACUGUUUGA